CCCCAGAAGCAAGUCCGAAAUUCCAAACCCACCAGCUAAAGCAAACGCGGCAGCGGCGUUGCAGAGCAGUUGGUCGCCACCGUCACGUUGGAGGUUGGACUCCCCCGCCCCCGUGCUGCUCUCCCCAUCCCCUUCCCUCGCCGGAGAAGCAGCCGCAGGAGGAGGCCAUGGCGGGGAGGUACGACCGCAACCCGUUCGAGGAGGACGACGUCAACCCCUUCGCGGGAGGAAGUGUACCUCCUGCUUCUAAUUCCCGGAUGCCACCUCUUCCUCAUGAACCAGCGGGCUUCUAUAAUGAUAAUGCCACAGUAGACAUACCUCUUGAAUCAACUAAGGACCUAAGUAAAAAGGAGAAAGAACUGCGGGCAAAGGAGGCUGAGCUAAACAAACGGGAAAGGGAACUGAAAAGAAGGGAGGAAGCUGCAGACAGAGCUGGUAUUGUCAUUGAAGAGAAAAACUGGCCACCCUUUUUGCCCAUUAUUCAUCAUGACAUUUCAAAUGAGAUACCAAUUCACCUACAAAGGAUGCAGUACCUGGCAUUUUCUUCACUGUUGGGAUUGACAGCCUGUCUUUUUUGGAACAUCAUUGCAACUACAGCAGCAUGGAUUAAAGGAGAAGGUGUUAUGAUCUGGUUGCUAGCCAUUAUCUACUUCGUCUCAGGUGUCCCUGGGGCCUAUGUGCUAUGGUAUCGCCCACUUUAUAAUGCGAUGAGGACUGAAAGUGCUUUGAAGUUUGGGUGGUUUUUCUUGUUUUACCUGCUCCAUAUACUAUUCUGUGUCUGGUCAGCUGUGGGUCCUCCAUUUCCUUUCAAAGGAAAAUCCUUGACUGGGAUUUUGCCGGCUAUUGAUGUCAUAGGCAACAGCGCUAUUGUGGGGAUAUUUUACUUCAUUGGAUUUGGGCUGUUCUGCCUUGAAUCGCUGCUCAGCAUUGUUGUUAUUCAGCAAGUAGGCAUGUACUUCCGUGGAAGUGGAAAAGCUGCAGAAAUGAAACGUGAGGCAACCCGUGGUGCUUUGAGAAAUGCAUUUUGAUAGAGCGGCCGAGUCGAGUGGAAGAGAAAAUGGGCCUGGAAACGGCAUCUUGUACAUCCCUAUACAUAUGCUGUGCGUCUCUGAGAUGACUUGUAGCUAAAGAUCUUCUUGCCUUCCUGUAAUAUAUACCGCCUAUCUAUCUCUUUACCUAGGUUCAGAUAUGCUUAUAGGUAACUAAUUUUUUUGAGAUAUACAUUUGCCUGCCUUAACAACUUGCGAGAUCAUCGUUGUUCUUUUGAUCCUGAGUGAUUCUUUGCACCGCUGGAAAUCAUUUGGUUUUGACCUUGUCAAA